AUCUGAAAAAUAAUGGGCAUCUUGGAAGUCCUUUUUCUUUUUGUGGUUUCCUUCAUCUUUUCUGUCAUAUAUGCCUCAAGUGAUUGCCAAUUUUCUUUUUGUGGCAGCAAUAACAUCAUUAUUCGUUUCCCCUUUCAACGAGAAGAUGAGCAAAAUCCUUAUUGUGGGUAUCCUGGUUUCAAUUUAAUUUGCACGAAUAAUAGCAAAGCACUGCUAAAACUUCCUCACUCUGGAGUGUUCUACGUGCGCAACAUUAACUACCUCGCACAAAAGAUACAAGUCUACGACCCUGAUGAUUGCCUCCCCAAACGUCUUCUGAGCCUCAAUGUCUCAGGCUCUCCUUUUAUUCACACUUUUACUCGUAACUACACCUUCUUAAGCUGCACAUUUCAGAACGAAGGAUCACAGUUCAUUCCCAUUGACUGCCUCAGUAAUUCCACACAUUUUGUAUCAGCUGUCCCUUCACUGAAUUUGCCCAAUCCAUUACCUGCAUCUUGCUACGUUAUUAGCAGUCUUUUUGUCCCAGUUGCAGGGCAAGAGCAGCAGUAUGAUAGUAAUUUCAAAGGUGAGUUUAGUCAAGAUCUUGUAUUGACAUGGGAUACACCUGACUGCAGAUAUUGUGAAUCACAACAACAAUUGUGUGGGUUUGAUCGAAACAACAACAAUCAACUCUUCUGUUUCUCUUACCAAACAGGUCCAUCACAACAAGGAAUCCAAAUUUUCAGAAUCAUCACAUUGUGCAUUGCUGGACCAGCAGUAAUCUUUGCAAUUGUGAUGGCAUGUUGCGUGUGCUACAAGGACAGACUAGCCAACAUUAGUAAUAUUGCUAUUGCAAGGUCUGCACCAGCCACAGUAUUACCAGCACCACAGAUUGUUACAACGGGUUUGGAUGAGUCCACCAUUGAGUCCUAUGAGAAGGUAGUGCUUGGAGAGAGUAGAAGAGUCCCUGGACCCAACGGUGGUUGCUGUUGGAUAUGCUUAUCAGAGUACAACAGCAAAGAGACAAUACGAUGCAUUCCUGAAUGCGAACACUGCUUCCAUGCAGAUUGCAUAGACGAGUGGCUUCGCAUCAAUAACACAUGCCCAGUUUGUCGUAACACUCCCUCUCCUUCUCCUCUUCAUGUUACCUCCAUUAACCCCUAA